AUGCCUAAUCCCACUGCGGUGCAAGCUCCUAAAGAUGGUCCGCGGGGCCGCCGGGGCGCCAAAAUCAGACAAUGCUCAACCUGUGGUCGCACCUUUGCGAAGGCUGAUCACCUAGAGAGGCACAUCAGGUCUCAUACCAAGGAGAAGCCUUUCGUCUGUGCGAGCUGUGGCAGGAAAUAUGGUCGACACGAUACGCUGCUGCGGCAUCAGAAAGAGCACUUGGCAGAGGAUGGUUCUCUGGCUGCCGUGAAGGAUAAGCGCCGGUCAAGCAACCCAUUGCGAUCAGAGGAUGACCAAAGAGGGUUUUCUCCCACAACAAUACCGCUUGACUGCACAGCUGUCUUGCAAGAACAGCCUGACCCAAUCCUGAUUUCCACGAUUAGCCCGCCUCUGAAUGUGUCGCCCUCUACUUACCUCAAGGAUGGCAAAAGCUAUCAGGAGGGCCAAAUGGACACCACCGCCUCAACUGAUGUCUACUCGAAUGCAGUCCCCCCUGAUCAGUCAGGGAGUGGAUUUGAUCCUUCGCUCGACGUCUUCAACUUUGAUUUCGAGGCUCAAUUUCCUUCAUGGCUGGUGGACAGCGACUUGCACGGUGGGAUUUUGGACACUCCUCUGGUCGCUACUAUGGCAGAAUUGCGCCCUGCUUGGCCCGAAAGCCCCAUCGCUACGUUCGGUUCGAGCAAUCACAAACCUGUCUCCAACACGAAGAGGCUCUGGUUCAUGGCCAACGAGGACGCUCAGGAAGAAGUGACGCGAUCUGGGCCGGCGACACCUCCUGGAUCUCGGGACGAAGUUGACGAUACGUACCGUCAGACGUUGACGCAAAGUCUGCAAAUCCGGCCUGUCCAGGAACAUACACUUCCAUCGGCGGACUUUUUGAAUCUGUGCGUUCGGUCGUAUUUUGCACGAUUCCACCCGGUAUUUCCAGUGGUGCACGCACCCACGUUUCGUCCUUCAAAAGCCAACUCCAUGGUCCUGCUAUCAAUCUGCUCAGUCGGGAGCCUCUUCACGGGCAGCGUGCAUGCUAUUCGACAGGGCGUGCACAUAUUCGAGAGAUUGCACAAGGCCGUCCUUGCGAAUUGGGACCGACUGAUUGCGCAAGGUGUAGAUCAACGAAUCUCUCUAAUCCAGACAGCCAUCAUCGGGCAAACCUUCGGUUUACUGUCUGGAGAGCCGAGACAUCUUGCUAUUGUCGACGCUUUCAAUGGGACACUAAUUUCAUGGGCACGCCGUUGGUCGACCUUCAAAACUAAAAAGAUGGUGGGACUGGACCUCAAUGUCAGUUCCGCCGAAUUGGAUAAGAAGUGGAGAGAGUGGGCGAAGAACGAAGAACUGAUACGGAUUGCCCUCAGUGUGCACAUACACGACGCCGAGCUUGCCGCUACAUUCCAUCACGAACCGUUCCUUCGCCACAAUUCCAGACAACUGCCGGUCGCCGCAUCAAAUCAGACGUUUAUGGCCACUCGGCCUGAAGACUGGCGCCAAUCGUACCUCAAUGACCCCAGCAACUUUGAAAGCAUUGGUUCUACGCCGGCGUCAAUCGAUGCCCAUCUGGACUUUGAUCUGGCUGCAAUCCCCAAUGACAGCUAUUUCACGGCAUAUACAGUUCUGGAGGGCAUAUGUGCAAACAUUGUCGAAAACCGAAUCAAUGCCCGUUCAACGCCGUCAAGGACUGAGGAGAUAUUGAACACGUUGACGUCUUUCUACCGAACGUUCCUGCAAGAGUCGGCCGCGUGGGAAGCCGAUCACAUGGACAUGAGCAUUCUCUGGCAUCUGGCCUUCAUGAUCAUGUUCGCCGACUUUGAUCUUCUGGAGAGAGCCAUCGGGCGAAACGGACCAGAACUAUCACCCGAAGAUCAACUUGCCGUUACCGCUUGGGCAAACUCAGAUCAGGCCAAGAGGUGCGUAGUCCACGGGUUGAUUGUGCAAAAGAAAUUGGAGAAUCUUCCGCUCGGUUUUGAGCCCGCCAUCCACGUACCUAGGGCCAUGUUCAGAGCGGGUAUUGCCUGGUUUUGCUAUACUCGAUUCGGCUCUCAAGGUGUUGGCCAACGAGCAGGGGCCGCUGAGGCCCUGGAGUUUCCAGAGUUCAAAACAAUUGGCGUCAAUCCAGCGUUACUUCUUUUCCAAGCGAGUGGAUAUAAGCACGGCAAGCCUACCACGACUGAGACCAAUGCGGCCCUGAGUGGACUGACAGACCUGUUGAGGCGGAUCGGUCACUGGGAAAUUGCGCGACGAUUUGCCGCCAUUCUCGGUGCUCUCCUUCACAACGAAGCUGACUAA